CGGCGGCGGCGCAAUAAAGUCCUACGCAGUUAGCUCCAACUGCAGUAAGCUUGUGACGUAGCAACUGCGUACAAGCUUUUCGCGGGAAACAGCGCGAGCCAAAUAAGAAUUCCGCCUUCUGGUUUAGAUCCCAGCGUCAGUAAUUCAUCCGACAAACGCAGAGAAUUCGAUCGUGGAAUGUGUGCAUUUGUGCUGUAGAAGUUAGAAUUCUGGCUGCAUGUCGGGAGGCAAGGCGUUGAUCGUGUAGGGUUUAUGGUCGGAAUUUGGAACAAGGAGGAAGCAGACAUGAAGGUUCAGAGUGUUUGAAAGGGAAUUGUCACCCCACGCGGCUACAGAAUUUAGAAAGACUGGUGCAGCAUUUGGUUUCAGGAGGGUGGAAAUAGAGGAAAUAGGAUCCUGAGGGUUGCUUCAUGGGCCCGGAGAACGCUUCUGAGAGGUUCAGACGCAGCUGAAUUUGAAGACCAUCAUAGACUGGAUCCAUUUCUUCGUUGAGUAGCGAUCGAGUUUGUGAUUGGUUGAAUAUCUUCUUGAAUAUGGAAGACAUGGACGUUGAUAUGCUACCGAGGGUGCAAGCAACAUAUGUGUCUCAUAAUGAGAAAUUCGAGCUCAAGAAGCAAAAAUACAAGGGACAACAAUACAGCCAGCUCUACUUCUUUCGUCUCACCUUCACUCGGCAAUAUCUUAAUCCACGCAUCAAAGAGCGAUGGCCAUCGUACAUAGUGACAAACAUUUUGGGCCUUGAUGAAGGCAAGGUUUGUGUGGUGAUUGGCACACUUUACAAGCAAAUGAAGCUCAAGCCUAAUAUUCUUGACGAGUAUUCUAAGGAGCGCUCUGUGGGUGGCCUGGUAGUUCCUUCCAACUUCACAGAUGCAGAGGAUUAUCUUAUCCUGGAGGAUGAAAGUGGUCGAGUCAAGCUAGUUGGGAAUUGUAUAUCGCCUUCUGUUUAUGUCACCGGGGUUGUUGUGGCAGUUUGUGGUCAGCCUGGAAAGGAUGGUGAAUUCCUUGUGGAGGAAAUCCUGGAACCGGGGCUUGCACCUCAGCCUCCCCUUCCCACCCGAAAGAAAUCAGAAUCGGAGAAGUACGUUGCUUUUGUAUCGGGCCUAAGAUGUGGAGGGCCUGAAACGAAUCCCCUUCAAGUUCAGCUUCUCGUCGAUCAUCUUACUGGACACCUUGGUGAAGAGCAGGAGCAGAGCCUGAGUGCCCAGGUUGUCCGCACCAUAAUAGCGGGAGACUCUGUUCAACUUCAGGCCCAAGCUCUCCAUGGCCAGCCUCUAUCUAGCAAAGAUCAGCACAAGUUGAUUGAGCCUAUCAAGGAGUUGGACUUGGUACUCACUCAGCUAGCUUCUGCUAUGCCAGUGGACAUCAUGCCUGGUUCAAAAGACCCUGCCAAUUUCUCAUUACCUCAGCAGCCAUUACACAAGUGCCUGUUUCCCGGAGCAACAGCAUAUUCCACAUUUGUCUCCGCAACAAAUCCUCACCAAUUUGAGCUGGAUGGAGUAGGGUUCCUCGGUACAUCGGGACAAAAUAUCGAAGAUCUUGACAAGUAUUCAUUAGCUGACGAUCCUGUGGACUAUAUGGAGAGAACUCUCAGCUGGCGACACAUCGCACCCACAGCUCCGGAUACUCUCGGAUGCUACCCAUUCCACGAUAGAGACCCGUUUUUAAUCGAGCCAAGUUGUCCUCACGUUUACUUCUGUGGUAAUCAGGACAAAUUUUCAACGCGCUUGAUAAGAGGUCCAAAAGGUGAAAUGGUGCGACUUGUAUGUAUACCAAGAUUUGCUGAGACAGGCACCGCUGUUUUAGUGAGUUUGAGUACUCUUGAAUGUCAUUGUGUGACAUUGUCGACUUCAUUACUGGAGAUUAGUUCUAUCGAGGACAUCAAGCCAGACAUCAAACCUUGAUAGCAUGAAGAUCUUCCGCUUUGUCCCUUCACGACCGUAAUUGAUUACAUUGGAUUCCUCAGUCUGCUCACUGACUGUGUGGAGUGGAUACGUGGAGUGGAUUGCCGAUAACAGCGCAAGUCAAGCAUCACAUGGUGGUCCCGGAUACUUUGGUGAAAGAAGUUCCUUUCUCGGAUGGGCCUAAGGAUGUACUUCUAUCGCUUGCAACUAAAGCUUUUGAACAUUAGGAGCUUGAUGCUGAAUAUCGUGGUCCUUUUCAUGCUCUUGUAUAUACUUGUAAUAUGAGAUAUCGAAGGCACGUAAAAAUGUAGGAAAUGUUCACCAGUCGUGAGGCUUCGACUGACUGAUAUGAUACUCCUAGAUUUAUGUGUACUACUUUCCUGAUACAUUUCAGACCUGGAACUUUACUUAAAACAUCGCACCAAACCAUGAGCGCUGCUCAAGUGGUCUGGAUUUGUGUGGAACACUGGAAUUCUCCGUAGACUCGGUGCAUGAUAUGUUGCAAUAUAAUCUGUCUGGUAAUCGACGAUUUCAAAAUCAAGAUAGAAGUAACACGCCGAAAUAUAGCGCGCAAGUACAAAAGCAAAUUG